AGAGUAAGUUUAGAGCAGUGGCCCCAGUUCACCACAGCACUGCGCACAGCUCGCCAAAUUUACAAAUGUGAAAAACGUAGCAAGGAAAACGUUGUUUAAUUUUACCAUCGUUAUAUGUUGAUAUUUAUAAACUAACAUGGAGGUUAAUACUACACUAUCAGGACGCAACUUCAUAGACUUGCGCAUUUUAACGCAGAAACUUCUCUCUUCGGCGAACCGGUCCCAGCCAUUUCUGGACAAUGAAACGGAAAGCGUCUCCGAGGAGGAUUUGGACGUGAAUACAGACAUCUAUUCUAAAGUUUUUGUUACUGUGAUUUAUGUGGUGUUGUUUGUAAUCGGAUGUUUGGGGAACUCGAUCACCUUGUACACACUUUUCACGAAGAAAUCUCUUCAAAACCUCCAGAGUACGGUGCACUAUCACCUGGCGAGUCUGGCCAUAUCCGAUCUGCUCAUCUUGAUCCUCUGCAUGCCCAUUGAGUUAUACAACUUCAUCUGGGUUCAUCACCCGUGGGCUUUUGGCGAGGCUGUUUGUAAAGGGUACUACUUUCUGCGGGACGGCUGCUCGUAUGCGACGGCGUUCAACAUCGCCAGCCUGAGCGUGGAGCGCUUCAUGGCCAUCUGCCACCCGUUCAAGGCGAAGAGCAUCAUGUCGCGGAGCCGCACCAAGAAACUCAUCAGCGCUAUGUGGGUCGCGUCUUUUCUCCUGGCCACUCCGAUGCUCUUCACCAUGGGGCAGCGACUGAUAAAAGACGAAUUUAUAUGCACCACUAUCGUGUCCUCUAUAACUGCUAAAACCGUCCUACAGGUGAGCGCGCACAGCACUUUUUCCAUGAUUGGGACGAGUGGAGCAUUUUCUUAUAUUUCUAUAUAAAGGCGUGGUUAUAAUUGCGUUUUGUUUUAUGCAUGAGUAAGCUAGGCAGAAGCUUUAGUGUCUUAUAAAAAGUAACAACCUGUUGCGUAGAAGGCCUAUCUCUCAAUACCUGAUCAUUUUAAAAACAAACGUUGUCUACAUCUAAACAUUGUCACGGAUUUCCACGAUUUAAUUAGUGACAGUAUUUAAACAGUGUAAAAGGUUAAAUGUGCACCCAGUAAUUUGUUUCCACAUAAUGAAUAAAAAGCAUGUUUUAGAAAUAAUAUAGACUCACAUAAGAUAAAAUCUAAAUUUUUAUCAGUUUUCCAGGAGAAGCUGUUUAAUUCUUUUAUAGAGCAU